AUGAAGGCACCUAUAAUUCUCUCUCUCAUUAGUUAUUUGAUGGUGCCAAGUGGUGCUCGGGUCUUAGGACGCUGCAAGGUGGCUAAGAAGCUCCAUGAAGGAGGGCUGAGUAACUUUGAGGGCUACAGUCUUGAAAACUGGGUGUGCCUGGCUUACUUUGAGAGCAAGUUCAACCCCACGGCUGUUUAUGACACCUUGCAUGGUGACUACACUGGCUACGGCCUCUUCCAGAUCCGGAACAAUGACUGGUGUGACCAUGGCAAGAACCGCUGCCACGUGUCAUGCUCUGCUCUACUGAAUCCAGAUUUAAAGAAGACAAUUGAAUGUGCUAAGAAAAUUGUAAAAGGAAAAGAUGGGAUGGGUGCAUGGCCUUCCUGGACCCUGAACUGCCAGAACUCUGACACUCUGUUACGGUGGUUAGAUGGAUGCAACCUGUAUCUGCCUUCAUAG